UCAGCCGCUCAGUUGGAACUCGGGUUCACUCAGUCUACGACCGUUUGCCACGAGACUUCGAUCACAUCGGUCUUUCCCCGUCUUUCUCUUCCUCUCCUCCCUUCUUUUUCCCGCUUGGAGAACAGAAAGCAACUACCACCACCACUACACACCACCACCACCAUUACCACCACCGCUGGCGACGCCGUCGACGCCGACGCCGCUGCCGCCACUAUCGCCACCACCACCACCACUGUCACCGCCACCGACGACCGGAGAGACGCACGUAGUCUAAACGUGAGACUCGCACGGACGUUGUCGUACGUCCUCGCCGGUGGUCCUCGUACACUGUUUUUCGAGCUAGCUCCGGUUGUACUUCGACCUCAUCCUUCAUCGAGGAGUGAUCAGCGAUAACAGGGCAUUCGGUUUUCCAAGGGCGUUAAUCGGCGAGCACCAAGAUGGCAGCUUUCGUGGCGAAGCAGAUGGUCGGCAACAAGCUGAACGCGGUUAAAGGAGCCGUUGGUGGCGAAGGCGGAGACGAAGAUGACAAGGAGAAGGAAGAGGAGGCCGAGAGAGAGAGGCAAGAAGCCAUCAGGGAGGCCGAGGAGCGAAGGAAGGAGAAACACCGCAAAAUGGAGGAGGAACGGGAGAAGAUGCGACAGGAAAUCAGGGACAAGUAUAACAUAAAGAAGCGGGAAGAGGUGCAAGAGAUGACUCAAGAGGAGCCGAAUCCUUUGAUGCGCAAGAAAAAGACGCCAGAGGAAUUGGCCGCGGAAGCCGAGGCGGAAGAAGAGGACGAGAUUACAAAAAUCAAGAACGCGUUAGACACGCAUAUACAAGAGAUCAAAGCGCAAGUGCUCGAUGGUAAAUGCGACCUCCAAUAAGCCUACCUAACACUCCUCGAAGCGGUCGGUAAGGAGGGCGGUGCAUCGUGCGCCGCCAGGGCCGCAUCCGCCUCUCAGCCCCUACGACACCACGAAAGAAGAAGGGAACGAGCAAGAUCUGACGCGUUAUCGGAGAAGCGAGAGGAAGGAACGAAAGGUUCAGCGUCGUCGUCGUUGUCGUCGUAGUCGUCUUCGUCGUGUUGUUGUUCUUGUUCUUGUCGAGAAUCGAGAUCCGAGAUACGAAUCGGCCUGUCGUCGUCGCCACCGCCGUUCACCGCGUGUCACGACGAAUGGCGACGAGACACUCGAGACGCCACACGCAUCCUCCCCCUCCUCCCCCGGCAUCGCCGUCCUUCGAGCCUCGACCGAUCGAAAUCGAGGCUGAAAAAUCGACGAGCUCGAUUUUGGACGGGGGAAAUUUCGAAGGGGGGAGGGGACAUGAUUUGAGCGUUUCGAGCGUUGUGCGAUGCGAUGGAAGAUUCGAAUUCGAGAGAUCGGCACUGUGGAUACGGAGAUUGAUCUUGGAAAUGGAAGAUUCUCUGUGGAGGAGAUUUGCGAUCUCGAAACAACGAAUCGGUUUAUCGAGAUCGAGAAAAAAGUCGGGUUGAUCGACCGAAGUGAGGAAGAACGUAUGUAUGCGUAUGUAGAAAUUGAUAGGGGGGGGGAGGAAAUGGAAAAAACGAGGGGACGAUGUUAAACGAGGACGAUGACGGGAUAAGAAGCGAGGACAUUGCGGCAGACACGAGAAAGUGGAAAUAGUAUGAGAGUUCGUUUACUUACUUAGAUUCGGGGAAAGAUGGAAGGGCGAGGACGAUCCGAAAGAAAGGAGAAAAUUCGUUUAUGCCUUACGAUUCGAGGAGAGAAAAGAGACGAGACUAUCGGCGAGGAUAAAGAGAAAGGAAAAAGAAAAAAAAAGGAGAAGGCGAAAAAAUCGAUCCAAAAAUCUAGUAUCGUGGCGUAAAGAGAGACGCGAGCAGUCGAAGGGCGCGUGCAUAUAAAUA